AUGUGUCUUGAGAUCUACGUUCAUUGCACUACUCGCGAACAUGACACCCGUCGUCUAAGCGUUCUAAACCCUAUCACGGGCUACACAGUUUACAGUCCAUGGCAGGAACCACAUAAUAUGAUAUGCGACUAUCCUCAUAUCACAGAGCAAAUUGACGUAAAUCAGCGUUGUCAUUGGCACCCUAGAUGCUGCCGUCUUGAGCAUCAUCGCUGGUGCUGGUCGGACAAUUGUAGCCUGUGGUCCAAGUAUCACCACUUUGUCGACGAACGAAACGGUGAGAUCAAGGACAUCUCGUUUCUAGGUAUCUAUAAGGGAUAUAAUCCGACUAAUCUAUUUCUUGCGGGGUGGUUUUUCAAAUCUGGCGUCGAGCUGUGGUUCUCUAAUCACCAUCUGGGAAAUUCGCCCAUUAUUGUAGAAGGAUCCUCGUACGCUGCCGGGCUGGCAAAUGCCGGGUGGUUGCGUACGCGACUAGUCGAAAUUGCUACUAUGGCAACGGAGUGCCUUGGUCAGUUCGCUAUACUCUGGGAUCUGAAUUCGGGACCCGGAGCGCUCCCACCACGUCCCGGCUGCGAAGCAGACCCGAGGCUCAACGAACGGCUAUCGAGGGUCUUGUGUCUGCGAGUCGCGGAGAGCGGGCGGUUUUUAGAUACCAGUCCGGUUCCUUGGCCACAUUACAUACAGCUGUGGGACAAGUUUCGAGCCGGAAUCGUCCCGUUACGUGAUGAUCCAUAUACUGUUCCGUGGAUUACAGGACCAAGCGGGGUCAAAUCGAAUCCGGAGUCGAUGUUCUCUACGGUCCCGAAUUUAAAUGGUGUUUUGCAACCGGAACAGCAUCCACCUGAGAUGAUCUACAAUCCUGGCAUGCCAUAUAUUUAUCCUACGUUCCCUCCACACGUAGCAUCUCUUAAGCAAGAACCGGAAUCCCUUCUAAAUAAUAUCCCUAUGGAUACUCUUCCUACUCCUCCAUCUACACCCACUCCCUUUAUAUCUACGCUUCCUGGACCUACACUCCCUACGGAUAUUCGCCCCAUGGACACUCUCCUCUCGCCCUAUUCACCUAUACACUCUGCUACUACACCUUUAUCUCCCCUGACAACCCCUAUGCUAGAGGAAAAUAUGAGCAUCAGCCCUAUCCCCAACAGUGUUGGAGAUAACAUUGAGCCGGACGGAGGAGACGACGUGCCCAAUGUUGACGCCUUAGUAGGCCAUGAUCCUCCCCACGCCGCACGUCGCGCCGUACAAUGGUACAAGGUUCGCUGGGAAGGAGACUGGGGAGAAGAUAAAGAGACAUGGGAGCGUGUCAUUAAUAUUCCUCCUUAG